AUGUCCGAUUCUCAGCCACCAGGUUCUAAUAAUGGCAAGCAACCUAUGCGGAAGAACGACUCAAUUACGGAGCCACUGGAGGGAAAUAGAAAUACGAGCAUGAGUAGCAUUUCCAAUUCUCCAAGCCUAAAACCAAAAUCAUCGUCUAAAUCAAGAAGAUCAAAACAACAUUUAAAAAAAUUCACACCAGGUGGAUCAACGGGCCAGAAAUUGGUAUUCUCAGUAGAUGAUGACCCAGGAGAACAAGGGAACGUGGAAGCGAAUAAAAAUAAGGUGAAAUUUGAUACUGAAUACUUAGAAGGUUAUAAUGAUGCUUUGAAAGCACUUUACCUGAAGAAAUCAAGGAAUAUAAUCAACCAGGAACCAAAUACGAGCUAUACUCCAGUAUAUGAUGAAGAUAAUAAUGAAGAGCAAAUAGAGGUUGAUGAUAUGUUAAAAUCUACUAAUGAUGCCGAGAAUAUCCGUUCGUAUAAAUCUUCUGAUAUAGAAUCGAAUCUUAUAAACAAUAUAAUAUCGGCAAAGGAAAAUUUAAAGCUUUUGAAGUUUAUUGAGAAUAAUAAGGAUAAGGAGCUUCCAAUUGAUCAGGUUUUGGGUGAAGAAGAUGAAGAAAACGGUAGCAGUGACGAUGAUAGUCAAUCGGUUAAAUCUGGAUCUUCAGUUGAGUCUUUAAAUUUGAGGGAAAGACAAGAUGCCAUUAAUUCCACGCAUCCUUUCGGUAUUAAAAUCUGGAAGCCAUCGUUGUAUAAAAAGAAGAGAUCUGUAGCUGCAAGAGCGGAAGAAGAUAUCCAUGAUUAUGAUUCCCACGCAUCAGCUUACAGAAUAUUUUGGGGAGUGUAUGUGUGCAACUUCCUAUGGUCUAUCACCUUCGGAUUAGCUUUAUUUGUUUUAUGUCUCAUUGGUGCCUUCGUUGUAUUUAUAUUAUCUGGCUUUGCUAUAAAUAGACAGCUGAGACCAUAUGUAAAAUUAUUAAUGAAGUUAGGAAAAUACUGGCUUUCACCAUUCGGUAAGUUUGUACUUUUGACUAAAGACAAAAAUUAUUUGGAUGAAGAUCAAUUAGAAGGAAGAACUAUUUCUGAAUAUCAAAAAUGGAGGGAGCAAGAAGAAGGUAGAUUAUUCUUUGCUCCACCAAGAAGAUAUACAAACACAAAUAAUGAAACAGCGCCACUUCUUAAGGAUCAUAAAGGAAGACCUCUUAGUGAUGCAUAUUCUUCACUUGAUACGGCUGAUUCAAGUGCUAAUGCUUUAGAAGACCCCUUUGAAUCAGAUGAUGAAGAAAUACAAGAUUUGGAACUUGCUGAUAUCAAGAAGAGAUUUUUUGGUAGAGGAAGUUGGUCAUCGGGCCGUUUCAUGUUUUAUUUAUAUUUUUACGUCAUUUUACAACCUAUUAUUUGGAUAGUUGGGAUAAUAUGCUGGUUUUUUGUCUUCACGAUUCCAAUUGCAAAAGUUGCAAAGAUUUUAUGUGAUCAUUUGAGACGUCAUCCUUUAGCAUUACAUUUUGAAUUAGAAAGAGAGUAUUAUGCAAACAUUGCUAAUAAAGAUGCAAGAAACAAGCGCAAACAUCAGCUGAUCAUUUUGUGUACGUAUAAGUGUUGUGGUUUGCAUUACUACAAAUAUACUAUUGAUGGAACGAACGUUUUCUUCUAUAAUUUACUUGCCGCUGUUAUAUUUGUUAUUUUUGAUUAUUUUGUUCUAAAGGAAAGACUUGGAUGGGAUACCUGGUUUACAGAUUCAUCAUUCUUAUUUUGCGCAUGUUUGUUCUCAAUCAUACCUUUAGCCUACUUUAUUGGACAGGCUGUUGCUUCUAUUUCGGCUCAGUCCUCAAUGGGACUUGGUGCUGUUAUUAAUGCUUUCUUCUCAACAAUUGUGGAAAUCUUUUUGUACUGUGUGGCUUUAAACCAAUCCAAAGCUAAGUUAGUCGAAGGUUCAAUGAUUGGCUCAAUUCUAGGUGGUGUGUUAUUGCUUCCAGGCUUAUCCAUGUGUGGUGGAGCACUUAAACGGAAGACUCAACGUUAUAACCCUCGAUCUGCCGGUGUCUCUUCAACAAUGUUAUUAUUUGCUAUGGUGACAAUGUUUGCGCCAUCCUUGUUCUAUCAAAUCUAUGGGUCCUAUGAUGUAAUGUGUAAAAAAUGUGAUGCUGACUUUGAUUUGCUUGAUGCUGGAGAUUGCACGAAAUGUCGAUUUGUUCAACCGUCAUUUACAUUGGAUACCUUAUAUUACACUAUUAUCAAACCGUUUUCCAUGAUUGUUGCAGCGGCAUUAUUCUCAGCCUAUGUUUGUGGUUUGUUUUUCACCUUAAGAACGCAUGCUUCUUUGAUUUGGGCUACUAAUUCCCACGAACAAGCUGCUCUCAACAAAAGAGAAGAUUAUAUAAGAUCACCUAGCACUGCUAGCUUAGAUCAUUCGUUGCAACUUAAGUCAGGAAAGCCGCCAUUGAAGCAAGCUAACCUAUCACCCUCUAUUUCAGCUACAUACUCUAGUGGCGUUGAUACACAUAAACAAAGCGGCACCCAUAAGGUGCAACCCUUGACGCAGUCACCUUCUUUGGAUGCAUAUAAAAGUCGACAAGCUGUAUCUCGAAAUAAUUCGUCACAGGGGAAUGUUAACAAGCAAAAGACGUUCAACGAAAAUGAAGCUGUAAACAAACCAGUCGGGCAAAAUAAGGAUGCAGAAAGUGAAAUCGAAGAAAAUGGUGGACAUGAUGCGGCUAAUUGGUCCAGAAACAAAUCAGCCAUUAUUUUGCUUGGUGCAACCUUAUUAUAUGCGAUAAUUGCAGAAAUAUUAGUUGAUAAUGUGGACUCAGUUUUGUCUAAUUUUCCUAUUAAUCCUAAAUUUUUAGGUUUAACUGUUUUUGCUCUAGUUCCUAAUACUACCGAAUUCUUGAAUGCUAUUUCCUUUGCAAUUGGUGGGAAUGUAGCAUUAUCUAUGGAAAUUGGUAGCGCUUACGCUUUGCAAGUUGUUCUAAUUCAGAUUCCAAGUUUAGUAUUAUAUUCAAUUUUCAAAGAAUUCGAUAAUGUUGACAAAAUAUUUUCGUUGGUCUUUCCAAGGUGGGAUAUUAUUGCUACUUUGAUUUCAAUUUAUUUAUUCACCUAUAUUUACGCUGAAGGAAAAUCUAAUUAUUUCAAAGGUGUUAUUUUAAUAUUGAUCUAUGCUGUGGUGCUAAUGGGAUUUUGGUACAAUGAUAAAAUUGAGGACUUAAAUGAUGGUUAUACAAGCAACCCACGACAACCUGGUGAAGGAAUCUUCUGGUGA